AUGCCAACGCAAUCAACAACUACAACACAAGCAGCGAAACCAACAACAAAAGCAACACGGGCAGCGGAACCAUUAACAAAAACAACGAUAGUGACAAAACAAACACUUACACCCGAGGAAAAAUAUGAAUUAAUUACAAGAAACCUUCAAGAAGUUUUGGGUGAAGAAGAAAUGUUAAAAAUUCUUAAGGAAAGAGAUUUAAAACUUUACUGGGGUACAGCACCGACUGGUAAACCGCAUAUUGGAUAUUUUGUACCAAUGUCAAAAAUUGCUGAUUUUUUAACAGCUGGUGUUGAGGUUACGAUUUUAUUGGCUGACAUUCAUGCUUUUCUUGAUAAUAUGAAAGCGCCAUUAGAACUUGUAAAAUUCCGAACAAAAUAUUAUGAGGCGCUUAUUAAAACUACUCUUGAAUCAAUUGGGGUGCCAAUUGAAAAAUUGAAAUUUGUAGUUGGAUCAGAUUAUCAAUUGACACCCAAAUACAGCAUGGAUAAUUAUAAACUUUGUGCGUUAGUUACGGAACAUGAUGCAAAAAAAGCGGGUGCGGAAGUGGUUAAACAAGUAGAGUCAGCUUGUUUAUCAGGUUUACUUUAUCCAGGAUUGCAAGCAUUAGAUGAAGAAUAUUUAGAGGUUGAUGCACAAUUUGGAGGUGUUGAUCAAAGAAAAAUAUUUGUUUUUGCUGAGAAACAUUUACCGCAUCUCGGAUAUAAGAAAAGAAUACAUUUAAUGAAUCCGAUGGUUCCUGGCUUGGCAGGAUCCAAAAUGUCAUCGUCAGAUCCAGAUUCCAAGAUUGAUUUACUUGAUGAUUUACGUACUAUUACUCGUAAGAUGAAGAAAUCAUUUUGUGAAGAAGGCAAUAUUACAGAGAAUGGACCUUUGUCAUUUGUAAAAUCUGUUUUAUUUCCAUUGUAUUCUCUCAACUUCCAAACACCACAAUUUACAAUCAAAAGACCAGAAAAAUAUGGCGGAGAUGUUCACUAUGCAGAUUAUCAAUCGUUGGAGAAUGAUUUUCGUGAUAAAAAAGUUCAUCCCGGAGAUUUAAAAGCAUCAAUUAUACAAAAUAUUAAUGCAAUAUUGGAACCUAUUAGAAAGAAAUGGGAGAGCGAUCCUGAACUUAAAGAAUUGGUUAAAAAUGCAUAUCCAGAACCAGCCCCAAAAACUAUUGGACGUGUCAUAUAUUAG